AUGGAGUUAUGGUACUAUCCGACACUUGGAAGCCCAUUAUUGUUACAUCGUUUAUCAUAUUCUACAGAGCAUUCUCAUAUUGGUAUAGUAGAUUCAUCGGUUGCGCCGAGUCUUAUCAAUAUGGUUAUUAUCAAUGGAUUGGUUUUUAUGCUUCCUGUUCUGGCAUAUUUUCUUAGAAGAAAAGUGAUUGCAAUCAUUGCUCCUUCAAUUGAUGGGGUAUCUGCUGCAAAGGGAUCGCAGAGUAGAACUUUCUUAAAUGGUCUCACUAUCCAAGUCCUCAUGCCAUUCCUUCUCUACGUGCCAGUGUUUUUCUGCCAACAGUUUACUUUUUUCACCAAAAUCGAGCUACUAUUCCAACAAUACUUCAUCUUUGUCUGUCCCGCAAUGCCAACUGUCGUAGAUCCUCUUAUUUCUCUCUACUUUGUGAAACCUUAUAGAAAACAAAUCAAAAUUUGGUUAAACAUGGAGAGGAAAGAAAUUCCUAUUAAUCAGAGUCCUUCUGUCUUUAUUGUUGUAUGA